AUGACGCCUUCACCAAAAGACAGGCUCCAGCAGUUCACAACCAAGCCACGGGUCUUCGUUCUCUCGGAUAUCUCAAAUGAACCAGAUGAUGCCGAGUCUCUAGUUCGAUACCUGACCUAUGCAAAUCAAUUCAUCACAGAGGGUCUGGUGCCGACGACCUCGAUAUGGCUCCAAGACAAAACGUGUCCUGAAGACAUGCACAAGAUUGUCGACGGCUAUGCUGCAGCAUUGACUAAUAUGAAUGCGCAUGUGCACCCAUCAUUCAGAUAUCCGCCAGCAGAAGAAAUGAGAAAUUUGAUUCGACCUGGGGCUCCGACGUACGGCAUGAAAGCAGUAGGCGACGGUAUACCUCUUAGCGAAGGUGGGAAGCUAUUGAAAGAGAGGAUCGAAGCAUCUCCGCCGCUUGCAGAACCACUCUGGGUGCUCUGCUGGGGAGGUACGAACGUGUUGGCUCAGGUUCUCUACAAGAUUCGGCAAGAAUUUGACCCUGCCACCGCAGCAACGUUGAGGGCAAAAAUACGAGUAUAUGCCAUCUCAGACCAAGACGACACCGGGUCGUGGAUCAGGUCGGAAUUCCCAGAUCUCUUUUACAUAUCGUCAAUCCACGCGUGGAACCAAUAUGGACUAGCAACCUGGGCUGGCAUCUCAGGGGAAGCCCAUUACAGCUUUGACGAGGGAGGACCGGACGGUACUAAGAUAAGCAAGCAAUGGGUGAAGGACAAUAUCCAGAUCGGUCCUCUAGGUGCGACAUACCCAGAUCCGGAAUUCGUCUUUGAGGGCGACACGCCAACCUUCCUGUACCUGGUCCAGAACGGCCUCGGUGCUCGCGAGCACCCCAAUUUCGGGUCCUGGGGUGGUCGAUACGCAAAGACGGACCCAAGUGAUCGCGUGAAGCAUUACGGAGAUUCAGCCGAUAGAGUUGAGGGAAAGGAUAGGAGGAUGUACAAGUCUAACCAGGCGACCAUCUGGCGCUGGAGAGAUUCAUACCAGAACGAUUUUGCCGCGAGAAUCCAGUGGUCUAUGACGGAUGAUUUCUCCAAAGCCAACCAUCAUCCUGUCGUGGCGUUGCAUGAUGACUUUAGCCCCGAGCCGUUGCAGAUCGAGGCUGAAGCAGGCAGCUCGUUAACACUUGAUGCCAGCAAGUCUUAUGAUCCCGACGGUGACAGACUCUCAUUUCAAUGGUUUCAAUAUGACGAGCCAAGUAUCGAUGUCUGGAGUGCACACAAAUGGACUGCAAAAGUUGAGAUUAAAACUCUGAACUCGGAAGGUUCAAAGGUCGAAAUACAGCUCCCAUCCGCUGAUAAAGCCUGUGUCGAAUUCAAGACAUGGAGACCACUGAAGCGUGGCCAGGUGCUACAUGUUAUUUUGGAAGUCAAGGACAAUGGCACGCCACAGUUAACGACCUACAGACGGGUUCUAAUUCAGACAGUUAGACAAUAG